CUCAGCGGCGCCGCGCGGUGACGUCUUUACCCGGCGCCCGCCCCUCAGGCCGCCAUGGAGGAGCGGGAGGAGGCGGCGCCGCCGCAGAAGCGCUUUUACCGGCAGCGGGCACACGCCAACCCGCUGGCCGACCACACGCUGCGCUACCCCGCCAGACCGCAGGACAUGGACUGGGCUCCGCUUUUCCCGGCUUUCUUCCCUCCCGCCGCCUCCCCCGGGCAACCGCCCCCCCGCGUGGAAUUCGCCGACGUGGGUUGCGGCUACGGGGGGCUGCUGGUGGAGCUGUCCCCCCUCUUCCCCCGCACGCUGAUGCUGGGGCUGGAGCUGCGGGUGAAGGUGGCCGCCUUCGCCGGGGAGCGGAUCCGGGCGCUGCGGGCGGCCCAGCCCGGCCGAUUCGGCAACGUGGCCUGCGUGCGCGCCAACGCCAUGAAACACCUCCCCCACUUCUUCCGCAAAGCUCAGCUCAGCAAGAUGUUCUUCCUCUUCCCCGACCCCCACUUCAAGCGGACCAAGCACAAGUGGCGAAUCAUCAGCCCCACGCUGCUGGCGGAGUACGGCUACGUCCUGCGCCCCGGGGGCCUGGUGUACACGGUGACGGACGUGGCGGAGGUCCACGAGUGGAUGGUGAAGCAUUUCGGGGAGCACCCGCUCUUCGAGGAGGUGCCGCUGGCCCAGCUGGCUGCAGACCCCAUCGUGGCCCGGCUGGGCACGUCCACGGAGGAGGGACGGAAGGUUCAGCGCGGCGGCCGCCAGAUCUUCCCCGCCAUCUUCCGCCGCCUCCAGGAUCCGGCCGCGGGGGGGGACGCCUGAGGGGACACGAGUGGGACAGGUCUCAGCUGACACCCCCCCCCCCCUAUUUCACAAUAAAGCCACCAGCACGU